GAAAAGGACAAAAGGGUCUAUGACACGCUUUGCAAGCUCCCCUGUCAAAAGCGAAAAACCAGUAGACUGAUAUUGGCUAUUACACAUUUUCCCAACUUUUCGUCUCCUGCUCUGCUCCAUUUUUCUUCAUUUCGCCAUUGGAGCUCUUUUUCUUCGCCCCUUUUGUGUAAAAAGUUGUUCUUUGCCUUCAGCUUCUUGGGUCGCUAAGGCGUUGAUAUCUCAAGGUUUAGAAAGCAUUAACAUCAACCGUGUUGAAGAAAAAAGUGAAAUCUUUAGCUUACCCCAGAAUGGAUUCAACUUCUAGAGAGAAAAAAAGGAGAAAAGCUGACGGAGAAGAAAAUUUGGCGCUUUCAACCUCUUCUCCCUGUUGGUGCGAUUACUUUGCGUUUAGGGGGCUAAAGAUCUGUCCAAAAGAAGUCUGCGUUGGUCAGACCAGCAUAUCUUCCGUGGAAAACUUGGAACAUCCUUUGGAUUCGGAAAACUAUGAAAAAAUGAAGAAGGAUACAGGGGAUUUGGUCUCCUCAGGAGAACAAUCAUUACAAGAUGUCCUUUCAGAAAAGGCUAAGGCCACAAGUAAUCAUUCGGAUGUUGAAAAUAGUCCUAGUUCGGGCAAAUAUGGAAGUGUCACACCAGACAUAGAGAAGAUCUUUGCUAGAAAGAGGAAAUUAAGCAGUUUCUUGACAUCUCAAAAUCAUUCAGAGAAUGAACAAGGUGCUCCCAGGAAAGGAAAUGUGAAGUCAAAUUGUGGUCUUCCUGACCUUAUUGAUUUGGAAGAUAAUAAUGAACUUCCUGAAAAAUGUGCAACAGCUCAUUCUGGUAAAGCAGGAAAAAAUGGUACAACUGCUCAUUCUGUACCGUCUGGAAAAAUGUCAUCAAGGCCAGCAAUCGUGAUUGGUUUGGAGGAGUAUGAAGAUCUGGAUGAUGAGAAGGAAGUGAAGAUAAUUGAUGUAAGGGAGGCAGCUUAUUACCCUUCCAAAAGGGAUUUGGAGGAUCAAGAUUGUGCUGGAAAGCUGGGGAAAAGAGAAGGGAAACGUAGAUAUGGUUGUCAAACUAAAAAUCAAGCCAUCCACUUAGAUGAUGAAGUGAUAGUUCUUGAUUGUGCUGAGGACCAGAUUCUGGAUGGAGUAGAAUUUUGCCUGCCUGUUGAACCACUUCAUAGGACAGAUAAUGCUGGAAAGGGUUGCUGUCAGUUCUUUAAUGUGCAUGAUGAGAAUCUAGGCUGUGCUGGUGUGCUAAGAUCAAAAGAAGAGAAGUUCUGCCAUGUUGGAGAAACUGAAGUGAAAAAACAUGAAGACAGAGUGAAGCAUCAAAAAGGAGAGUUCGGAAAAAAAAUGGUGGCACCCAAGGUGCGAAGUAAACAAAAUUCUUUUGAAGAUGAAAAGGACCAAGGUGUGUAUGUCAGAGUGGAGCAUGAUGCAGACUUCGCUGGGGAAACUGCUGUGAAGAAACAUGAAAGCGUAAAUUUGGAAGGAGAGUUCAGAAAAGAAUUGGUGGUAGCCAAGAAGCAGACUAAAGCCAGUUCUAAUGAGGUAGCCAAGUCUACUGAAGAUGAAAAGGACAAUGGUGUUUGUGUUGGGGUGGAGGAUGAUGCAGACAUUGCUGGGCAAACUGCUCUGAAGAAACAUAAAAGUGGAAAUAUGGAAAGAGAGUUCGGAAAAAAAUUGGUGGAAGAGGAGCAGAAUAAAGUCAAUUCUAAUGAAGUAGCUAAGUCUUCUGAAGAUGAAAAGGACAAAGGUGUGUAUAUAGGGGUGGAGGAUGAUGAAGAUUUUGAGGAAUCCAUUGAAAAAUUUGAUUCUGGUAAUGGUGGUUUGGAUAUUUGGAAUGAGAUGUCAUUUGCCUUAGAAUGUUCUAAGGAUGCUUUUGUGGAUUCUUUUUCUGACAAAUGCACCAAUGCGGAUGUCCCAGACUGUAAUCAUCAAUUCAUCUUCAAAGAAGACAUAGGUUCUGUCUGUCGUGUCUGUGGACUCAUUGAUAAAGCUAUUGAAACAAUCAUUGAGUAUCAAUUUGAAAAGGCAAAAAGAAGGGGAAGAACUUAUAAGCGUGAACGUCCUUUGGGAAAGGCCUCAGAUCUCACAGAUAUUAUGCCUGAUGACAUAAAUCAAGGUGAACAUGACUGCUCUCUGUCUGAUGUUGCUGCACAUCCACGGCAUCAAAAGUCAAUGAAACCCCAUCAAUGGGAGGGAUUCAACUUUCUUGCAAGCAACUUGAUGACUAAGCAUCCCGGGGGUUGUGUAAUGGCACAUGCACCUGGAUCCGGGAAAACUUUUAUGAUCAUUAGUUUUCUUCAGAGCUUUAUGGCUAAAUAUCCUUCUGCUAAACCACUGAUUGUGCUACCAAAGGGUCUCUUGUCAACGUGGAAGAAAGAAUUCCAGAGAUGGCAAGUGGAAGACUUUCCACUGUAUGAUUUCUACUCAUCUAAAGCCGAAGGUAGAAGCCAGCAGCUUGAAGUUUUAAGAAGAUGGGCACAUGAAAGAAGCAUUUUAUUCCUGGGCUACCAACAGUUUACUGCAAUUGUAUGCGACAUUGAUUGGAGUACAACUACCCAAACCUGUCAGGACUUUUUAUUAAAGUGUCCCUCCAUUCUUAUAAUGGAUGAAGGCCACACUCCCAGAAAUGAAAAAACAGAGGUUUUAAAGUCCCUAGAAAGGGUCGAGACACCUAGAAAAGUCGUUCUUUCUGGCACACUUUAUCAGAAUCAUGUCAAGGAAGUCUUCAAUGUUCUGAACCUUGUUCGCCCAAAAUUUCUAGAAACAGAACCUCACAGUUCCGUAAAAAGGCGCAUCUUAAGUAAAGUUCAAAUAUCAGGCCGAAGCGUGUCAGACGCUCACUUCUAUGACCUGGUGGAGCAAACAAUUGUUGAUGACAUAAAUUCCAACAAGAAGGUUAAUAUAAUACAUGAUCUCCGGGAGAUGACAAGCAAAGUUCUUCAUUACUAUAGGGGUGACUCCUUAGAUGAACUACCUGGACUGGUUGACUUCACUGUAUUCCUUAAACUCACAGGGAAGCAACAAGCAGAACUUGAAAAGCUAAAGAAAUGUAAAGAAAGGUUCAAGAUAAUCUCAGAUGGAAGUCACAUUUAUGUACAUCCAGGUCUGAGCACAAGACCGAAACAGUCUGUAGGGAGUGGUAAGCUUGAUGUGGAGAAGAUUGACUUCAUACUGGAGGAUUUGAAGGAGUUGGGAGUGAAAGCUAGAUUCUAUCUGACUCUCCUCCAGCUGUGUGAAUCCAGAGGUGAAAAACUCCUGGUCUUUGGCCAGUAUCUUGCUUCCAUGAAAUUGUUGGAGAGAUUGACCGUGAAGGUUAAAAAUUACAGUGUUGGCAAGGAAAUCUUUGUGAUCACAGGUGACUCCGAGUCUCACAUUCGGGACUCUUCAAUGGAGCGUUUUAAUACUUCUUCAGAUGCUAAAGUCUUCUUUGGAUCAAUCAAAGCUUGUGGAGAAGGGAUAUCCCUUGUAGGGGCUUCACGAGUCAUUAUACUGGAUGUACAUUUAAACCCUUCAGUUACGCGCCAGGCUAUUGGGCGUGCAUUUCGACCUGGGCAAACAAAGAAAGUAUACACCUACAGGUUAGUUGCAUCUGGCUCUCCGGAGGAGGAAGAUAAUUUGACUAGCUUCAAAAAGGAGUGCAUUUCAAAGAUGUGGUUUGAGUGGAACAGGUAUCAAGGUCUUCGUGAUUUCCAGAUGAAGGAGGUUGAUGUGAAUGAAUGUGGUGAUGAGUUUCUAGAGACUUCUUCAUUAAAGGCUGAUGUGGUUUCUGUUUGCACAAGGUAAAUGGUUGGUACAGACAGGAGGCAUGUUAAUAGCUGUACAUAUGCUUUUGAUCUAUGUAACUAUACACAGUUCGCAUAGCAUAUGAUUAGGUCUCAAAAUUGACAAUGCAAUUCCAUCAUGGAGGUUAAAGUUGUAUAUCCUUUGGAGGUUGUGUCUUUGGAACGAAUGAAUUUUGGUUCUAGUACUGAAUUUCACUUCUGGUACUUGAAAGUUUCUUAUAUUACUUCGUAAUGCUACUGUGG